AUGGCGUCUGCGUCGCCAUUUCACAUGCCAGGCGCAUUCCACUUCUCCGAGCCGACCACCUCCUCCACCGCCCUCAACGCCAACAUGUUCCGCCCUCCAGUCUCGCCCUCCGCCUCCACCUACAACCUCUCCAAAGGCUCCAGCUCGUAUUUUGAUAGGGUUUCGGCCAUGGAGGACAGUGCGCGUGGCCAGGACAGGUACACUUUGGCUGGCCAAAUAGAGACGCCCGGCACACAAGUCACACCCGGCACUGCUGCGCUCGACGACAGCCUGUACUCGGAUAUUGACUACCGCCGUCGCCUGGAGCUGGGUUCAAAAAGGCCACACGAUGACCCGUCAACCCCGUCUCUGGACCUGUCGGGCCUCGCCAACACGACAACUGCAACGAUCACCCCCCGCGCUGCAGGCUGGACCACAUUCGCCUUCCAGGCCAUAGGAGGUGUUGUGGGCAAGGUGUGGGAAUUCUGUAGGGGCGGCGCUGGUGCUUUCCAAGGCUUCAAAGCAGGCGGUGGGAAGGCCUACGAGACAAACGGCCAGCCCGUCAACAACCCGCUCCCGCUGCGUCUUUCAACCGACCUACCAUCCUAUCCUCAGGAACAAGAUAACCCCCUCAGCCCACCUGGCGCUUUCCCGCUCGCCUCCGACGUAAUAUCUUAUCUUCCAGACAGUAUCCCAGACUACCAAGAUCACAGACAAGAGGAAAUAUACCGUGGAUAUCAAGAGCAGGAGGAACAGGAGCAGCAGCGUGUCCAGCAACAGCAGCAGGAACAAGAACAGCGGGACCAGGAGCGGCGGGAGCUUGAGCGGCAAGAGCUCGAGAGGCAAGAGCUUCAGCGGGAGGAGUCUCCAGACUCAACAACCGAUCGACCUGCGCCCAAGAGGAGACAGACGGGCACAAUUGGCGAGUCGGAUGAGCUGAGGCGGAACUGGGUCAUGGUCGACGAGGACGAACAGCGGUCCCCAGCGGCGCGCAGGCCCGCGUUAAACACCAAGCGUUCAUCACUGACAUCAGUACCGUCGUCUCGCAUCCCGGCCCGGAGUUCCAACAUGGCGUCUCGUCUACAACAGCCAAAGCCCUACUCGACCCCGACCAAGGCGCCCGGCCCCAUGAACCCCCCUGCACGACGGUUUAGUGUGACCUCGCCGCGCUUUGGGCUCGAACAGAAGUCGGGUAUCCAGCCACCGCGCUCUGCAUCGAGAUUGUCUAUGGCCUCCAACGCAUCCUAUGCGGGCGGCUCUAUCACAUCACCAACGCUGGGUGCCAGCGAAGCCGCCAGCUUUGCCAGCCCACGAUCACCUCCCUCGCGGUCGACGCCAGCCACGCCGACUUUUGCGAUCAACGGCUCCCGGAUACCACAGCCAAAGGGCCUAGGCCUCGGCCCAAAUCCAUUCGCCAACAUCCGUACGCAGUCACCAAACAACCAGCGAGUCUCCCCCAGCCGGCCUACCAGCCGCCACUCAGCCCACCACUCAGUCCACUCGCUCCACCACUCGCCGCUAACCCCGUCAUUUAUCCCGAGAUCGGGCACGCCCUCGCGCGUCGGCCACCGGCGGAGCGCCACGAGCCUCUCGGCGGGACGUGGCAAGCCCCCCGGCCAGAUGGACCCGCAGCUGAGCCCGCGCCUGGACGACGAGGCGAAGAAGCUGGCGGCCCAGCGGGCGGCGGCCGAGAAGCGCAACACGUCGCGGCUCGAUAAGCUCAACGGGGAGCUGCAAGCGCUGAUCCGGCAGGGCCAAGCGGCGCUGGACACGGAGUUUGACGUCGAGAUGGGCGAGGGUGACGACGACGGGUGGGAUGAGGAUUUGAAUUGA